AUGCGAAGCCGCAGGUUAAAAAGCAUGCAAGAUCUACUUGCUCUUCUACUGCUUCUAACUGCAGCAGUGUCUCCGCAGCAGUUUCGUCACUGUAUCAACACUCUGAGAGGACCGUGUUGUGAUCUGCACAGAUUCUGCGCAUUUUGGUCACGUAACCAGGAAUGCUUGAAAAAUCCAAAUUGGAUGCUGAGGAACUGCCAAAUAUCGUGUCGAGUCUGUGUCAUGGAUACCAUCACUACACAGACGUUCAGUCCACCAACGACAGCCUUUCGCACAGCUCCACCAACCUCUGUAUUUCGCACAGCUCCACCAACCUCCGCCUUUCGCUCACCUUCUUCGCCUUCCUUAGUUCUUCGCCCACCUUCAGUGACUCCAGGAGGAAGAUGCAGUCAAGUCGUGCCCGUAGAGGUGGAAACUCGGCAGGUGUUUUCGGCCGCGCAGAUGCGAUCACGUCAACAACAGCUGGGGUGUGCUGAAGUGCAAAUCCCAGGCAGCUGCAGCGUCAAUGAGUGCUACCAUCGAAGUUUCAGAAGCAUAGACGGAACAUGCAACAACCUUGAAAAUCCUAUAGUGGGUGCUGCCUUUACUCCAUUCAUUCGACUUCUACCGAGUGCUUAUGAUGACGGGAUGAAUGCUCUAGUCGGUAGCUUUAGUCGUGCCAGGCCAAAUCCUCGCGAGCUUUCCAUGUUUCUUCUGUCGACAAGACGAGCUAUCGCAAGCACGAAAAACAGCAUGCUGAUGCAAUUUGGGCAGUUCAUUUCCCACGACAUCACGAAAAAUGCAUUAUCGAAUAUCUGUAAUUGCGGCACGAACAAUAUUCGCUGUGCGAACGUUAUUCGACCUCCAACGGACCCAACGAGAGGGGCAUGCGUGCCGUUCACCCGAUCCGUGCACGUUUGUGGAACUGGCAUGCCAGGUCGCCCUAGGGAGCAGUACAACGAGAACACGGCUUUCAUUGAUGGCAGCUCUGUGUACUCGUCCGAACCCGUGACGCUGCGUGAGCUGCGAGCCGGACCUUUCCUGAAGACAAACGUCGUGAACGGUCGAAUGUUCCCACCAAACAAUGGAAGAGAUUCGAUGACCGCUGGUGACGACCGAGCUACUCUCUUCGUCGGUUUGGCUGCCAUGCACACCACGUUCCUUCGCCUUCACAACGGAAUUGCUGGAGAUCUACAAAAUAUGAACAGGCACUGGAACAUGGACCGCGUUUUCCAGGAAGCGAGAAAGAUCGUAGGAGGUGUCUUGCAGGCGAUCACCUACCAAGAAUUUCUUCCCGCUUUGAUCGGACCCUUUUACGAUAGACUUGUUCCACCCUACACCAAAUAUACACCAUCUAUCAAUCCCGGCAUAUUGAACGAGUUUGCAGCAGCUUCUUACAGGCUCCACGGAAUGAUUCAAGAGGGAUAUCCGCUGAUUGGCCCUAAUUUCGAGAACAGAGGUGAAGUAUCCUUCCUCAGUGGAGUAGGACGCAUUGAGCAAAUUCUAACAGCGAUUGAUGCCAUAUACCGGGGUCUCAUUGCGACUCCAGCACGCAGUCCACAAAGAAUCACGACAUCGGUAACAGAACGACUUUUCAACGGAAUGGACAUGGCCACCAUCAAUGUUCAGCGAGGACGUGAUCAUGGCCUACGCCCAUAUAACGAGUACCGUAGGCUUUGUCGACUUCAGCCACUUACGAGUUUCAAUCAGUGGCCGGAAGUCACCGAAGCAGCUGUUCGAGAACGAGUUUCACAGCUCUACAGAACACCGGACGAUAUCGAUCUAUACGUUGGUGGAGUAUUGGAAGAACCAAUCCCUGGCAGCGUGGUUGGUCCUACAUUUGCAUGCAUUAUUGCAGAACAAUUUGUACGACUUCGCGAUGGAGACAGAUUCUACUUCGAAAACAAGGGAGUGUUCAAGCCUAAGCAAGUGGCAGCGUUGAAGGCAGUGACACUCUCAUGGGUGCUGUGCCAAACAGGUGACAGUAUGACGAGAAUCGUACCAAAUGCCUUCACUAUUGACCGCGGCGAAAGGGCCGUGCCGUGUUCUUCGUUGAAACCGUUGGAUCUGAUGGCCUGGAAGGAAUAGGUAUGAUUCACCUCUGCAAAUGUAAUCGAGUUUGCUCAGCCACCUCGGAUCGCUCAGUUCAGUGCCAAUACUGCUCCUUCUACAUAGUCAAUAUAAGCUUUAUGCACUUACUGGUCUGACUUCGCACACAUGUAACACGCUUUUUCUUCACUUGAACUGAGUGCAUGCAUCAAAUUCUAGUUCAGUUCUGUCAUGUUAAUCUAAAGAUUGUUGUCUUCGUUCUUGUGAGGUCUGAGCAAUAGUUCACCCACCCACAUUAGCGCUACAUUGAUGUAAACUAACUGCAGAAAGAUCUCGUUACUGCCCCGUUAUUGCCUAACACUGCUUUUCAUAGGAUCUGCGAAAGAAUUAUCUAUAGAGUUUUUGCUUUUAUGAUUGUACAAUAAAGGAUUUAAC